AUGCCAGGCGCCGUUAAGCUCUCGACUCAGCAAGUGGCUACGAUGAUAGCUAGUAGAACACCGAAGUGGACACAGUCAUCAGUAGCGUCGCAAGGAGAGAGGGGUUUUGAAGAGAGUGUACCUGACAGAUUUACGGUAGGGGCAGCUGAGAAGAUCAGCCGUAAUUUCCAGUUCCGUAACUUCAAUGAAGCCUUUGGUUUUAUGACUAGAGUAGCCCUCUACGCUGAGAAGGCCGACCAUCACCCCAACUGGUAUAAUGUCUAUAACAAGGUGGAUGUAGAGCUAUCGACCCACGAUGCUGGAGGGGUCACUGAGAAGGAUUUUUCUCUUGCUGAGAAGAUGGACAAGAUUGCUGCCACGAUGGCGUCUUAG